AUGACGUCGGACUCAUGCUGCGUAAACACCGGUAGCUUCUCGUGGACGUGUGGAGAAGCAGCGCACCGUUCCACCGCAGUGAAAGUUGUGUUCAUUGGGUUUUCUGCGGGAAAUGCCCGUCAACGCACUAGUUUGGGAUUUGACAAGCAACACAUAUUCAUCCGCUUCUACAUGAGUGUCAAGAGCACGGCAGUACCCGGAUGGAGUGUCAUGGCCGCCGUCGCUGUGGUUCCACAGAGAGGAGAGAAGGAAGGCAAAUGUUUCUGAUGUGUGUUUUUUUUUUUUCACGCUCAGCCUUGUUUCCGUGAUGUCGGGUGUUGACGGGACGCCGCCUCAACUUGCAACGAGUUCAUAGCACAGUGGCCACACUUCAAGUUCCUGCUCUUCAAAGAGGACAUGUAUUGAUGUUUUCCUGAAGGAGUACAGAUAUCUGCAAAUUUACAACUAUGGAAGAAGACUUCAUAAUACCUCACGAUUCUGCCAAAAACUGCAGCAUAUCAGUAAUAGUGGAAGAAAAAGACAAGGUAAAAGACUUGUAUAAGCCCUUCAGAGAAGUGACAGAUGGGUCACACUUAAAUAAUGCACAAGAAUCUUCAAUCAAGGAGCAUGGAAGUUCCAGCAAGAAAGAUAAACAAGCACUCAAUAAAGGCCAUUGUAAAAUUCAGCAAGGAGCUGUUUUCUCUGGAAAGAUUCUGAGUUUUGGAUGCUCUGUGUGUAAAGACGAUUCCACAUACAGCCCCAAUGAUCUCCUCAAACAUUUUCGAGCGGCUCAUGAAGGAACCCUUCCGACAUACCCUUGUGAUCUGUGUGGCUUUGUCACAAACGAGUUCCCUGCUCUCCAACGCCAUCGGAUUGGGCACAAAAAUACCCUUGUUACAUGCGAGCUCUGCAACAAUGAUGUUCAAUACUCUCUGCUUUUGCUCACCAGACACUACAUCCUGUGUCACAGUCUAAAUGGACAGUUUAACUGUGACUGGUGUGAGUUUACUACUAUGGAUGCAGGCACAUUCGUGCAACACAUCCAUCAUCAUAAUGAGAGUCAUUGGAAGUGUUUAAAAUGCAGACACAUCAGCUUGAACGAAGAAGGUCACCAGAGGCACAUGAAAGCUCACUCGGAUGCAUUUCCCUUCACUUGUCAGAUCUGUGGAUAUGGUGCAACACGAAGCGAAUACCUGAAAAAACACACUUCAGCUGUUCACAAACAGGAGGCUUGGAAGUCCAUAGAAGACAGCAACAAUCCAGCUAGUGCAACUGCAACCUUAAAACUUUUAAUGAAAAAGACUUCUGAAACAAAGGACGCUCAGAGGAUAUCAAAACUAAACAGUUUUUCUGGGAGUUUAACCUACCAAAAUGGUAAUUCAUUUGAGGAUGCCCACCACUUUGUGGAUGGCACUAUUGCAAAAAAGGACACUAAAAACGGGAGCAGAGGUUCUCAUAACACAGAACAGCUAACACCAGUGAUGUUACCAGAAUGUGACAACUCACAACACACAAGUCCUAAUGCGCUGAGUGCUCUGAUGGUUAAGAACAAAAUUUCUCUUCCUCCCAAUUGUACAACCAAAGUGAUGGGAUUCAAAAUGGUUGAUGGCAAAAAACAUUUGGUCCUUAAAGUGAUCCCAACAGCCAAACAAGACUUGACCAUUCAGAACAAUUCCUCAAUUGAAGAUGUGGGAUUCUUGGAACAAAAUUCUGUUAUGGAUGAAAGUAAAGACUCUAUUGAGAAUGGGGAAAGCUUUAAUAGCAAGAGCUCUACAUUACAUUGUUUUACAGCUUCACCAAAAAUGGAAUCUUGCAUACAGAUGGAUCAAGAUGAUAUAAUGGCAGUAAAAGUAAAGAUUGAGGAGGAAGAAACCUCUGUUUGCCAGCUUGAUUCCACUCCACACAGAGAUUAUGUUGAGAGAGAAGCUACUCCUUUACUAAAAAUGUCUUCAGCUUGUGCUGAUAUCUUUAGUUCCAUAACAAAUGAUCAUGUGGCCGACCAAAAUCCCCCAAGUCAAACAUGCUCAGAGAGAAAUACAUUUGAUAGUAACCCAAUCUCUGUAACAGUUAAUUCUGAUGCAACUGGAAAUAGCAGUUCUAACAGAAGUAAAACUUUAACAGCAUGUGCGAGUAACAUCACAGUUUUAUCUUCACCUUCAAAAGUUGCUCAGGAAAAACUGCUUUCCAAAUCUGUCUCCAAAAAAACUACUAGAAACCUUGGUGCUGCAAAUGAGUUAUCAUUGACUGACAGAGUGGCAGAUAAACCUAUUAAAGAACACAAAGUAAACUCUUCUUUACAUACUAUAGAAAAUGAUGAACAAUCUAAUAGUGCUGACCCUGAGAGUAAACAUACAAAUGGACGGCAAAAUUUAAAAAAGCUUUCAUCAAAUCCAGUACUUGCAUCAGAGUCAUCCCCACUAACUCCAGGUAGUAGAGAAAGUGCUCUGGGCACUGAAAACUGCACUCAAAAUUCACCGAACCAAGAAGUGUUCACCUUUCAUAAUUAUUCCAAGGAAACAUUCUGUACUUCACCUAACAGUUCCCAAAGCUUUGACAAUAUGUCUGAAUACCCAAUUGACAACCAAAUCUUUUGUGAAUCAUCUCAAUUCAGCCUGACGUUGGCAGAGUCUCCAGAACCAUUCACGAAAAAGGGCAAAAGGGUUAGAAAUCGGGAGAGAAUGAAAGAUGUUAAGGUUGAGGUUGAUGAGUGCACAACUAGUUUUGAUGAUCCUACCACUGAAGAUGAAAAUCCAGAGUCGGUGUUCCAAGACUUUAAUAUCAUCAAAAUUGAAGAGGACAGCAUUCCAAUAUCAAAAACACAGUCCGAGUCAAAGAGUAAUUCAACAUCCUUUGCGAGUUUUGUAGAAGAACAUUCAGAUGAAAUCAUUACCCAACAGCUUCACAAGGAAAGAGUACAAUGUUCAAAUACCAGCAAUGAUUCUUUGAAACAAUCAAAAAAACCUCUGCGAAUUCUUCAAUUGCCAGAGGGCAAGAAGCCAGUACUCCUGAGGACUACCGAGAAUCAAUUUGCCAUGCCUGUACAAGUUGCGGGAAGUCCAGGCUUCAAACUGAUAUCCAAUUCUUCAAAUCCUCAGAUUAAUGUCUCUUACUUGAAGCAAGGGGCAGAAAGAUCAAGUAUCCCAACCGGUGUAACUUUAACCCCAAACAGCUUGACAGUAGGUGUAUCAACGCCAAAGGCAGGGGUGACUGAAAAAGGGACGGCUCUUCUCUCAGCUGUUCAACCAGGUGUUGGUACCACCUCAAGUCACUACUUCAUCAACAGCCAAGGUUUAAAAGGUCCUGUGCUCCUUUCAAGCUCACCACAGAAUACACCCAUGGAAAAAUCGGCAAAGACACAGCCCACCUGCUACUUUGUACAAAGGUCUCUUCCAUAUCUCCAUACCCCUGGCAGUUCCGGCCUAAGACUGGCAAGUUCACAAGACCCACUGAACUCACGGCCAGUUUUGGCCAUGCCCGUGAGCUCUUCAGACAAACCCAGCACUAUGCAGCCUGGUCGACAAGCAUUCUUGCUCCGGUACAUUUCUCCUUCCAAAUCAGGCAUACUUCUGAACAACCAAGAAACAAAGACUGGUAGUCAGUGCAGCCAAACCAGUGAGAGCCCAGGAAAUAAACUCGUAUUCAAAAUUGUCACCCCUACUGGUAGCGUCCUUACAAGUGGUGCUCCCACCUCAAGCAGUCAACCUUUGUUUUUGGCAACUAGACCUCAGACCCAGUGCUUUCUGCUUUCAUCAAACAAAACUAUGGCAAAUGCCUCCAAUGGAGUCAAGAAAUUGAUGACCGUCCAAAAUACUGCACAGAAAGAUGUCAGUGGAUCUUGUUUUUCACCCACUGAACUGAAUGUAAAAGUGCAACCGUAUGAAGCAGAGAAGCCUAUUCUAGCCCCAAGGCCGAUUCGUCCUCCAAGCCAAAGGAAAAGGCGCAUAAAACCAUUGUUUGACGAACUUCCAGCAAUUGGGCAUAAAGCAAGAAGACUGUCAAAUAGAGUACUGACUGAGAAAGAGACUGCUGUCUUAUGGAAGCCCGUAGCCAAAGAAGUUGAAAGGACACUGAGACUUUCCCCAUUCAGUUCUCUACAGCAGAUCAAAUGUCCUCGUCGGUACCAACCUGUUGUGGUGCUCAAUCAUCCUGAUGCUGACAUUCCCGAAGUGACGAAUAUCAUGAAGGUAGUUAACAGGAACAAAGGUGCUGUUACUAAGGUCUCUCUGUGUCAGAAAACAAGCCAAGCAAUCUCUGAGCUUGGUGCUGAAGGGAAGAACUACUCAACCAAAGGUGUGUCAUCUCAUGGCGAUGAUCCAAGACCUCGGCCAGUUCAUAGUUCUGUCCGUGAACGAUUCCUUCUGAAACUUAAGCUAAGGAAAAAAAGCAAAAAAAAGUAUGAGGUAGUGGGAAAUUUAUCAGGUUGUAGACCAGAGUCCAUGGUGUUUGACUGCUGGUUUUGUGGUCGACUCUUCAACAGCCAAGAAGAGUGGAUUGGCCAUGGCCAGCGGCACCUCAUGGAGGCAACUAGAGACUGGAAUAAACUGUUCUAAACUUUUCCAUUUCCUUCAAAUGGCUACAUAUUCUGUCCGUAUGAGGUGGAACAUAUUAUAUAUGUUGUAUAUUUUUAAUGACCUUCCAUUAUAUGUUUGUUCUGAACAUGUCAAGACAUAUUCUUAGGUGAAUUAUAGUUUAUCUUUUCAUAUGUGCAUAUUCUGGUAAUUUAUGUACUGGUAGCAUGAUUGAUAUCAUGCAUGCACAGAUCACAUUGAACUGUGAAAAUGGUACACUGUAAUCAGGAGUUGUAGGAGCACUGGCUUAAAAAAGGGGAUAAUAUCAGUAAAGGUUAUAUUAGUUGGAUAAAUGACUCAGGUGAUUUCAUAUUGAUUUGAUUUGCCAUUUUUGCGCAUUAAUAUCAUAAGCAUAGGCCUAGUUCAAGGGACUUUUGUAUAUGUUAUUGUCCUGUACACGAGGACAGGAAACGUUAUUGUUCAGCUUAACUGAUGACAAGUUCAAUUCUUUUGCGCUUUUGUUGUAAAAAUGUUUGCUGUCCAAAUAAUUCCUUUUAUGUACAUUUUAAUUAAGAGGAUACCAUUUUACACUUAUCAGGUGUAGUCUAGUUUUCUAAUGAGGAUUUUGUCAAUCUGUAGCAUGCGUUUUUCAAUGGCAGAGCUGAGUUUAUUCAUAUAAAUGUUUUAAGUCUGCCAAAUGUGGCAGCAAAACAGGGAUACUUUAUUAAUCACUGCAAGAACUUGACAAAUGAGGAUCGGCCCAUAAUACACCCUAUGCAAUUUCAUUCAACUUUAAGUUUUGUUGUGAGCAGCUCAGGCUUUUAGCUUGUGUUCAUGUUGUAAGACACGCAAUCACAUUUAAAUCUCAAUUUAAUGAUAAAAUCUCAAUAGUCCUAUAAAUUAGCUUUAAGAUUGAAAAAAAACUUUUGUGGGUAGUAAUUUAAUUUCACAGUAGAUUCCGAUACAGGAUGUAAAAAUCUAGAGAGCCAUGACAUGAAAAUCUGUAUCGGAAAAUACAAAAAUGUCAAAGUGUUUUCAUGGGAACCGAAAGUAAGAUUUGGCAUUUGUUAAAAUGUUGGAUACCACAGUUGACAAAAUAGUUAUUAUGACAUCAUUUCUUAUUGGAGAGAUGAAAAUUCUUUCUAAGUACACCAAACAUUGAGUGAUCAGUGGUAACAAAUUACUGUAUAUGCUUAAACAAGUUAUUAAAGGCCAAAUGAUUAUUCCCCUCCAGGACAAACCGCAAGUCUUCUUAAAAAAAAAAAUAUUCAGAAAAUGCAGUAUUUGUACCCAGAUGUUUUUUUUCUUCUAGUGUCGGUCACACUAAUAUUGUAACAUGGUUUGGUUGCCAACAGGGAGAAUCCAACCAAAAUAAAUGUUUGACCGGUUCAAAUCUGCUCAGCUAAGAAUGUCAAGACCUGUGUAACUCCACCCCCCGCUACAAAUUAACGGUGUAUGAGCCACUUGGACCACUACAAAAGCUCUUUGGGGACUGGUAAAAAUAUACGUUUGACCCUUUAACCUGUGUUACUGCAGCUCGGGCUGAUUAGAGAAAGGAUAGACGUCACUUUUAUGAUGAGAGGGGCUGGCUGGAUCACCCCAACGUCUCAUAUCAUUUUAAUGUACAGUAAGCACAUAAUGUGACAGCAGAAAACAUUUAUCCCUAUACAGGAGUAGGUAGGUUUGUGAAAUGGACCCAAGAUAGAAAUGCAGAAAAGGUGUUUUUACUGUUUUUAGUUCGAUAAAGUUUCUUGGUAAUGUUAAACAUUUGGAGAGGUGAUUUAUAUUUACUGAUCUUUGGUUUUCAUGCUCUAUAGAAGUUAUAGGAGUAAUAGGAUCCUUGAAGGUGAUCCACAUAUUUCACUUACUCCUUUUAUUGCAUUAAUGUUGUACUGUAAAUCUGCUCACUGUCUUCAAGCUCAGUAUGCUGUACAUACAUUUAUUUAAAAUUUACACCUCAUACUUUUACAGCAAAAGGACAUGGACUUAGUUUUUUCUUCCUGGGUAUUAAUGAUUGUUUUUCAUGAUUAUCCAACUGUAAAUUAAUGUUUUAUUCCGUUCAAUAUGCAAAGUCGACUGAAUAAUGCAAGCCAUGCAAAUAUUUUAAUAUUUUAAAUGUCUUUUUUUUUAAACAGUCAGCUUCCACUUGCUGAUGUCCUGACCUCAGCAGGACAUUUCAAAGAUGUAUCAAACAACGCAUUAAAUAAAUUCCUAAUAUCCAUAGAUUAAGCAUCAAUAUUAGAGCCCCUUCAUUUGUGAGUCGCUAGAAAAACUUUUACUCAGUCCAUCAGCUGUUUUCACAAUCUCUCCUUAAAGAGAUUGUUCUAUAUUUUACUGAAUACUCUUGGUUUAUUUAAUUUGGUUUAUUCUUCUGUACCUGCUCAAGUCGAUGUUAGCCAUGGGGCUCAGUCCCUGCAUCUGGCAGGUGUGUGUCAAGAAAUGGUUCCAGUAGAUAACUCUCCCAAAACCGCAAAUAGCCAUUCCUAAAUUCUUUAUGACAAAAAAAAUCACAUGGAACAUGGAGGGCUGUAGGCUUGAAGUGUCUUCGAGUGUAUUUCUGGACAUUGAAAGGCCAGCGGUUUCCCCUGCUAACGUCGCCAACCAACUAACUCCAACUCUGUACUGUAUUGAAGUCAAUACCCAUCUUAUAUUUGUAUAUGUUGCUCUAAUAGAGAAACCAGUAUAAUUAUUUGUCAGAACAUUGACUGUUCUUAAAUACACCAGGGUAGCUACCUCCUAAAAAAAAAAAACUCUACUAUGUUCUUAAUGAAGCCCCAUUUCAAAACCCAGCAUCUGUUUAUCCCUUUAGAUGGAAAGUCCAGCUCAAUCAGAACCUUUGUAAAAUCCACCCUUUACAAUUGAAGUAAAAUAUGCCAGCUUGUAAAAUAUCUGAAAUCCCAAAUUUUAGAGCUUUUUGUUUAAGAACUUAAGUUAUCUCCUAUCCCCAAAUAGUCAAGUGGUGUUUUUCUUCAAUUUUAUUCUUCAUUAAAUUGUGUUGUUUGGAAUCAAACUCUCAAGGGCUAGAUCUAAGAAUAGUGCUCAAACAUACUUGAAAUGAAAAGAUAAAAAAAUAGCUAAAGGUUACUUAUACUUGCGUCUUUGCAAAUGUUACCUCCUUUGGUUUGUGAUGAAUGUGAUUUUUUAUUUUCUAAAAUGCAACUGAUUUCAACAUCUUAAUGCCAAUUCAGUGUCAAGAUUGUGUUUUGAUUUAUAGAGCUGUUCACAAGGCUGACAAAAAUUAGCCUCACAUCCAUACUCAUACUGUUACUAAGCCUGCACAGCUUUAAGUAACUAACCUCUGCCUAACUGCUCGAUUUGACCCCAGCCAAAUGGAUGCAAAGAGUUUGUUUCUGAUGGGUUGUUUGUUUUGGACGGAUCCACAAGGAUUCACUAGUAUGUUUCAAGCACCUUCAUCCGUUUGGCUAUUUCUGCACUUCUCUCAGAAGUAUUGUGAUAACUUGACACCGCUCAUUGUGUGGGGAUACUGCUACUAGAUAAUGUUCUUUGGUCAGCUGUUCAGCUCUACUCUUCAACAUACCAUAUUAUAGGUUUCUCCCCUCAAAUGCUGAGCCCAUGAUGUACAGUAAACUGUUCUUGUCCAGCUGCCUGUUAAAUCUUUUUAGAAUCUUUCCUCAUGCUAUAAGUGCCUCAAAUGUCCUUUUGCAGGUUGACAAUGUGUACUGUGUUAUUUUGUUUAUCUUAGUGGUUCACUCUCCUGAAAUAAAUGUACAUACCUUACGGAA